GGGAGUGGUGGCCGCGGGUAGCGGUCUCUGGUGUGUGGGUUUCCUUUGCUCGCUCCGCGUCCUCACACGGUUCCUCGGCUCGGUUUCGGGCCCAGCGGGCUCAGCUCCUCGCCAUGGACUCCCAGAAAGAAGCUCUACAAAGGAUUAUUUCAACUCUGGCAAAUAAAAGUGAUGAAAUUCAGAACUUUAUUGAUACACUAAAUCAUACACUAAAAGGAGUUCAGGAAAAUUCUUCUAUCAUUCUUUCAGAGUUAGAUGAGGAAUUUGAUAGUUUGUACUCUAUAUUGGAUGAGGUGAAAGAAAGUAUGAUUACCACUAUCAAGCAGGAGCAAGCACGGAAAUCACAAGAGUUACAGACUCAGCUUAGUCAAUGUAAUAAUGCCCUAGAGAACUCGGAAGAAAUCCUAGAAUUUGCAACACGAUCACUAGAUAUAAAGGAACCUGAAGAAUUUUCAAAGGCUGCCAGACAGAUCAAGGAUAGAGUCACAAUGGCUUCGGCCUUUCGCCUUUCUUUGAAGCCAAAGGUCAGUGACAACAUGACUCAUUUAAUGGUGGAUUUCUCUCAGGAAAGACAGAUGCUGCAAACUUUGAAGUUUUUGCCAGUUCCCAAAGCUCCAGAAAUAGAUCCAGUAGAGUGUUUGGUGGCUGACAACUCUGUAACAGUAGCUUGGAGAAUGCCAGAAGAAGAUAAAAAGAUUGACCAUUUUAUACUGGAACAUAGGAAAACUAAUUUUGAUGGACUUCCACGUGUAAAGGAUGAGCGAUGCUGGGAGAUAAUUGAUAAUAUUAAGGGUACUGAAUAUACACUAUUAGGCUUAAAAUUUGAUUCAAAGUAUAUGAAUUUCAGAGUGCGAGCUUGUAACAAGGCUGUGGCUGGAGAGUACUCUGAUCCUGUGACUCUGGAGACCAAAGCACUUAACUUCAAUUUGGAUAACUCAUCAUCCCAUUUGAACCUGAAAGUUGAAGAUACUUGUGUAGAGUGGGAUCCUACUGGAGGAAAAGGUCAAGAUAAUAAAAUUAAAGGAAAAGAGAACAAGGGCAGUGUCCAUGUUACUUCACUGAAGAAACAUACAAGAAGUGGUACACCAUCCCCCAAACGGACAUCCGUAGGCUCCAGGCCAUCAGCAGUAAGAGGCAGCAGAGAUCGUUUUACUGGGGAAUCAUACACAGUGCUGGGAGACACUGUUAUUGAAAGUGGACAACAUUACUGGGAGGUCACAGCCCAGAAGGAUUGUAAAUCCUACAGUGUGGGAGUAGCAUACAAGACUUUGGGGAAAUUUGAUCAGUUGGGAAAGACAAAUACGAGUUGGUGCAUCCAUGUCAAUAACUGGCUACAAAACACAUUUGCAGCAAAACAUAAUAAUAAAGUCAAAGCCUUGGAUGUUACUGUUCCUGAGAGAAUAGGUGUAUUUUGUGAUUUUGAUGGAGGUCAACUUUCUUUCUAUGAUGCAAACUCAAAACAGUUGUUGUAUUCCUUUAAGACAAAAUUUACUCAGCCUGUUCUACCUGGUUUCAUGGUUUGGUGUGGUGGACUUUCUUUGAGUACUGGGAUGCAAGUUCCAAGUGCUGUGAGAACACUUCAGAAAAGUGAAAAUGGAUUGACUGGUUCAGCUGGUAGCCUGAACAAUGCUGCUCAGUAAUGUUUACCCCCAUUUUGAUUGGGAAGCUUUUUCUGUGCAAUUACUAAUCACAGAAAUUUACGAGUGGUGGAAAUCAGAAUUGCUACCUUCUGCUUUAAGGCCUGGAAUCCCUUAGCAUUAAGCAUUCAGUAUGAAGCAUUUGCAGGAACCUGUUGUGCAAUUUCUAGAAGCAAGCAGAUGUCGAGCAAGAAACUGAUGGUUAGAAGAGUAAAUAGGGAAAAGGCAGUGUUUUAUUCUUACAUAGAAACUCAUUUUUACGUUUGUUGGAUUACUUUGGCUCUUCUGACAUGUUGAAUUACAUGACCCUAGGGCAAGAUUUUAAGUCUUCCUUUUUCCCUGAAUACUUCUAUUUCAUCACUACCUAUUAUUUAGUUCUUACACUGAAGCUUUAAAAAUAUACAGUUCUUUAAAAUUUUCAAAAAUCAAGACAAUUGGAUGGGGAUGCUAGAAAGGUUUUCUUACAAUGUCUUCUGUUUCCCCUUUUAUAAUAUGUUGAGUUUUGCUAAAUUAUCUUUUGUUUAUUGAAUAGAUUAUAUGUCAUUUCUCUUUUCCAAAAUAUUGUGGUAUUUUUCUUGUGGUUAUAAUUAAAAAUAGAGAGUGGGUAGGGAGAGUUUCUAGACAUAAUAGCUUAAAAUCCCCCAAAUUUUGGUUUUGUGCCUAUUGCACUAACACAGUGAUAAAGGGUCAUUCUUUACAUAUUACCCUGUGUUAAUUAGACUUCUUUUCAUUCAGUCAUUUUGGAUGAUGAGUAAUAUUUUCAAAAGCCUUAUAUUUUCUGAUACUGUUGUCUAGUUUAAUCUCACCUUUAAUAGUUAUGUUGGUAAAGUUUCCAUUCAAAUUUUGGAAUAACUGUUAUUAUACUGUUUUUAAACGUUUUUAAUAGGAAUGAAAGUUUAUUAAAGUUACAGAGAAGGGUAGAAAAACUUACACUAUUCAGCUUUUAUCAAAGAAGGGUAGGUUAUCAAGGGAGGAGUUUAAAAGUAUUCUUUAGUGAAGUAAUUUUUACCUUCUUUUUAAUAAGAUAUGGAAUGGUUUAAAGAACUGUUUCGGGAAACAAUCUACACAUCACUGAAUUGGCACAUGAGUUUUUCAAGCAUAAACAUUCAGAGGUUAUUUUCCUGUCAAUCCUUUUGCUACAUUCAUUUGCUUUAUAAAAGGAUGUAAUUGUUCCAUAAUUGACAUAGAAUAAUCUUUCCUAAACUGAGGGAUAUUGUGUUAAAAAUGAGCCAGAAACCUGUGGUUAUUGAGCAGAACAUAUCUAUUCUUUGAAAGCAGAUCAAAAUUUGUAACACAAGUCCUUUGAGCCAAACUAAAAGCAGUAAUUAUAGUAUUUAAGAAUUCCUUGGGCAUUUUAAAGAGGUCUGAAUUUAUGUUUCCCUUAACUUUAAAAACUUUUUUCUUGUUGACUUGCAUUCUCAUUUCAAAUAUCUUGUGUUAUGACAACCUUCUCCCAUGGAGUGAUAUUUGAGGUGCUUUCUACAGAAAGGCCAGUGGAAUAGUAAUAGCUCAUUAUCUUUUAAAGUUUACUGCUUACUAAUAAGAUGUUUUGUUUCAUUGGUAAAACAAAUCUAAAUACGGAAUUUUAGUUGAGCUGGGGUAUUAUUUUCCCAGAGGACAUUCAUGUCUGCACUAUUGUUUGAUGUUAAUAUUGGUAAUUUUUAAGACCGUAAGGCAGUUUAGAGAAUAAAAUAUGUCAACCGAUAUGCUUUUGAUUCACAAAACAAAUAUAAUUUUGUUUUUGUGCUCCUCAUAGAGAAUUCUGAAAGCAAUUUUAAUAUGUUCUGAUCCCCAAAGAGGGGUUAUUCCAGAACCUAAGGAAACAGGUUAUAAACCCUUUUCAUAGACUCUAACCUGAAAGCAGUAAUUUAGUGGUUGAGCGGCUUUAUGUGAAGAACUACACAGUGCAUUUUAACAAAAAUGACACAGAGAAAGCCAGAAGUUCUUGUAUAAAAUUUUUUACUGUUAGGUUUUAUAACUUAUAAUUGUGUCUUCUGAUUAAUUCAGUGCCUUCUUCCUCGAAGCACGCUCUUUCUUCAUGCUGCAUGCUGUGUCAAUUGAUACUUAAACCAGAGGGUAUUAUGUUAGAAUGGUGAGGAUCUUCUAUUACAGGAGGAUGGGGAAAAGGAAAUAAUUAAUCAAAGACUGGAGGAGUGCAUAUGAUUCUUUCCUGUGCUCAUGCCAUCAUUUGAGACCCUUCAUAAAGAAUUUUGUAAUAUUCAUUUGGAACAUGUAUUAAUUUCACUCAAGAUGUUUAAUUUCUCAGAGGUUUAUGUGAUAAAUAUGAAUUCAGUAAAUCCAGAGUCUUAAGUUCUCAAUACAUGUAAUACUUGAUAUUAUAUUAUACUAUUAUUACUUAAAAAUAAGAUUCUGACAUUUUCCUCUUACUGUGCUUUUUCUUAAAGGUCUCUAAAAUUAAAGAAUAGAAGGUGCAUUUUUUUGUUUAUUUAAGUUUGUUGUUAAGUUAAACUCAAGAAAGUUUGCCACCCUCAUUUUCAGACUAGAAAAUAAUCAACAGUCGUGCCUAUUUACCUAGUCUCAAAAUAAGGUAAAACUGAUAAUAAUAAUAAUAUUUACAUUGACUUUUGAAUAAAUUAAAAAUUAUUGAGCUCUUUUGCUGAAUUUAAUACAUUGUGGAAAGCUGCUAUACUCUUUCAUACACUCUGUUGCUUUAUUCUUUAUUUUGACAGAUCAAACAUGGUUGCUUUUUAUAAAAGAAAUGUGUGAGAGGUUAACUGUAAUGGAUUUAUCACAGGUAUAAAAAAAUUGUUUUAUAAAAACAUGCAUUUAGUAUCACAUUUUUAACAGCUGAAUUCCAAACCAGUUUUAAUAAACUGGAUAAAGACAUGAAGGGGCUGCCUUAAGCACUUUAGAAAAAGAUUUUUAAAUAAUUCAUUUUGAUCCCUUGAGCUGACCAUGUCUCAUAGGUCUUUAACUUUUGGUAAAUAUGUAUAUAGCAAGCAUUUCAUAACUGAAUGCACAUAGCAAGUUAGUAUACAGCAACCCUUUAUGUGUUCCAGGUGUAGGUAAACAGAUUGAAAGUAUUAGGGCAUGCCUGUCUGCACAUGGGCUUUGGUGGCAUCUGUACCAUUUUGACAAAUGGUAAACUGCUGCUGUACAGCUGGACUUGGUCUACUUCAUUCUGCAAACAGUAACUUUUCCCCAUGUUAUCAUCUAAAGAGACAUACUGGCUUUUCACUUAUUUGAGAAAGUAAAGCAUAAAUGGUAUCAUGUAUACUUUGAUUUUUUGUGACUGAUCCUUGAUAUAAAUAAUAAAAGUAAAUAUUUAUAUUGAACUCUCUUAAUUAGGUUAAGAUAUUCUAUUUCAGGACUUACCUAGAAGGAUCAGUUAUUCCCUAUCUGCUUUUUCCAUACAAAUAUAGUCAUUUAUGUAUUUUAACUUUUUCUGGAAUCAAUUGGAAACGGAUAUAUAUGGAAAAGGGUUAUUUCAAAGAGUAGUGAUUUUAGAAGAGGAUAGUGUAGGCUUCUUCCUAUAAAAUAUGCGAUGCCAGGCUAAAAAAAUAGGGACUGUCUUUUCAGAUCAUCAAAUAUAUUUAAUAAUUCUAAAAAAACAAACAUUUUUAUUAGAUCAGUGUUCAUUCACUGGCUAAUUCAUCCAACAGUUUCAUUUUUCUGUGAUGUGACAGUCGUAAUUUGAUUCCUUUGUAUUCAGAUUUCCAAAACUAGUGAAGUUUGAUUUACUGUGAGUAAAGUUUUGCUGCUGUUGAGUGGUGUGACAAAGUUUGCGUCUUAAAAAUAAUGUCCUACUAAAUCAGAAGUUUAAAAAAGUAAAUUUUUUAAAUAGUUUUAAACUCCAUAUAAUGUAGUUCACUUUUACACAGUCACAUAAAGUGAAUUUGGAAAAGUUUUCUUCCUUGAUUUUAUUUUUACUGAGUGUAUUCUUUUAGGGGAGUAUAUGGUCAGCAUAAAUUUACAUAGCAUCCAGGUAACCAAAAGAUUAUUUCAAUUACACAUUUCAUAAAACUGACACUGGUGCAUUAUAAGAGAUCAUGAAUGUUUUCUUAAUCAUCAUAGAAAGAUUACCUCAUUUUCAGUAUGGUUUUAGUUUUGUAUGUAUCUUACAGUAUUCACAUUCUGCAAAUAUUUGUAAUCCUGAUGUCACAUAUUACUUUGUAACCUGGUUAACCUAAAUACUCUAAGCAUUUUGAGUAAGUUGGGACUUUAAAUGGAGGACAUUUAGUAUGUAUUGUUUUCAUUGAAAAGAUACUGUUGGAUAUGCCAGAUAUAGGUUAAAAGUAUUGGCUUAUAAAUAAAUACCAGAAGUUGCCAUAGUACUUUUUCCCUCAAACUACCUAAUUAUUAAACUAAAACAGUAUUUGUUAUUUCUGGAUCAAUAAGGCACUGGCCUUUGAUUUCAUAAUUAUUGAAGCUCUAUUAUUUUAAACUAUGUUCUCUGACUGAUUCCUGUUCAAUCUUUUUGUAAUAGACAUGUAGAGGAUUUCAUACUAUGUAAGGCAGAAGGUCGGUGAAGGUCUUUUCUUUGUCUUGGAGUUUUAAGUUUGGGCCAUUUUUAAAGUAAGUCAAAUUGUAAGUGAUUGGUGGUAAAAGGCAUUUUUAUUAGUAUUGGAACUUUUUGGAGAACAUAAGGGCUAUGAGAAUGCAUAAUUUUAAAAACCAUUUCCAAUAUCUCUAAGAUACCAAAGCAAUGGGUCUAAUUUGCCUUUUAAGGGAGAUUCUUUAAAAUCAAAUUUAUAACUAAUUCAUGCUAUAAAAUAUAUAAUAGCUAAGGUUUUGGAGCAGUUUUUAUGAAAAACCACUCGUCUUUUAAAUUUCUGGAUAUGAUAUUAAAAAGUGUUAGCUUUAUUUAAAUUAAUCCCCUUAACUCUACUCUAUACUAGAUCUAUGCCCUCUACAUGUAAAUCAUGUAUCUUCUUUGAACCUCCAGGGCCUUAUCUAUAAAAUAAUUGUAUCUUGUUCAGCCUACCUCACUGGGCUGUUGUGAGGAUCAAAAUGAAAUGGAGUAUGUGAAAUUGUUUCAAAAACAUACAGUGCUGUUUUAAGUGUAAGAUUUUUUUAGGCAAUAAUGGAUUUCCGUAUUUGGAUGCUUCUGUAUGGCAUUUACAUUUAUAAAUGUGCUUAAAAUUGGUGUCCCCUGGUGUUACCAACAGUAAUGUCAAAUGUGAUUUAAAGAAUAAAAAAGAAAAAUUAUGAAAGGCUUAAGUGAAACAAUAUUAAGAAAAAAAAAUUAAAAUGUUCUUAACAUUCAUUUAGUUUGUGCAUGACCUGUGGCUUUUCUGUAUGUUCUCAUCUAGCCUGUUAAACUGUAUCAAAACUUUCUAGAGCUGUGAAAUUUCUCCCACAGCUUUAGUGUGUCAGUGUAGAAUUAUGAGCAUAAGUGAACAAAUCAAUUAAGCUAUGUCUCCAUCCAGGCACUUGCACUUUGUAGUUAGGACUGCUCAGUGCCACAUGCAAAGACUGAAUUUGGCCUGAAUGAGUCUUUCCAAACAACUAAAUGGUUCAGCAGUUUGUUGUCCUUGGAUAAAAUCCAUGAUACAAGUUGUGCCGACUUAAUUUUUAACAACUUCGUUGCAUUUUUUUAAAAAUAAGAUGAAACAUUUCAAAACUUUGUUAGUUAACCAGGGCAUCAUUUACUAUCUCUCCUGAUACAUUUGUUAUGCUUUAAAAUUGGAUUUAUUAGUGGUUUAUGGGUUAUCUUAAUCUACAAAUUAUUUGGUAUGUGUUAUUUGGACCUGGUUUUGCUAUGCAGUUCUGAUUAUAAAAUUUAUAAUUCCUCAGGUUUAAUCUUUAAGUUUUGGAUGGUGAAUAACGAACUACUUAUGAUGUACUCAGUGCUACAAAAAAAAAGUGUUUUAAUAAGCAUAUUGCCUCAUUUCCCUUACAAAUGGACAAAGCCCUUCAAAUGUUUUUUUAAACUUAAAAAUAGGGGUAUUCAGAGUGGAAUAACUUGUAUCUUGAAGUGAUUGUAUGUUCUGUAUAUUAUGACUGAGUAAAAAGUUUUGCAAAAGCACCUGGAAUAUGACAUCUAAAAAUUAAACUUUUUUUCCUGCUUU